UCAUCCGAUUGACGCAGCUCAGAGAAGGCACCGUACCGCCCCUGCCGCUCCAGCUGUUCGCACCGCUGCUCUCCUGCUGCUGCUGCCUGCCUUCGUUCCCAAUGCAGCAGUGACCAUGACAGGCAUCGCCGCUGCUUCUUUCUUUUCCAACGCAUGCAGAUUCGGGGCCUGCGGACUUCACUUCGACUCUCUGGCCGAGCUCAUUGUGCACAUCGAGGAUAACCACAUCGACACAGACCCCCGACUUCUGGAGAAGCAGGAGCAGCAGCAGCCUACAUAUGUCGCCCUCAGCUACAUCAAUAGGUUCAUGACAGAUGCUGCACGGCGGGAACACGAGACCUUAAAGAAGAAGGUGCAGCCCAAGUUGUCUCUGUCACAGACGGGCAGUCUAUCUCGCAGCAGCGUUUCUACUCCGCCUCGCCACACCAGCGGAAACCUCACCCCUCCGGUCACCCCACCCAUCACCCCCUCCUCUUCCUUCCGGAGCAGUACACCCACAGGUAGCGAAUGUGAUGAGGAGGAGGUCGACUUUGAGGAUUCUGACAGCGAUGAAUCGUGGACCACAGAGUGCGCCAUCAGCUCCGAGUCCAUCCUCAGUUCCAUGUGCAUGAAUGGAGGAGACGAGAAGCCUUUUGCCUGCCCUGUUCCGGGCUGUAAAAAGAGAUACAAGAAUGUGAACGGCAUCAAGUAUCAUGCCAAGAACGGCCACCGGACCCAGAUAAGGGUGCGCAAACCCUUCAAGUGCCGGUGUGGGAAAUUCUACAAAACACCUCAGGGUCUCCGCCACCACACCAUCAACUUCCACCCUCCUGUCUCUACUGACAUCAUCCGCAAGAUGCAGCAGUAGAGACCUGAGAGAGCGGCCGGCACUCGCCUUCAGGCCACGUCCCAAACAUCUGAACACUACCGUUACCAGCAAUGGUUGCUUCUCAUUCCACAGCCUUUGUCUUUUUCUCUCUUUUAUCCCACUUUGCUGUGACACUAUUUUUGAUUACAUGAUAUAUUAUUCAUCCUUAAUUUUUAUUCAGGAUGUUGAAUCUGUCCGUAGUUCACAUUUGUAUUUUGCACAUUUACGCUGUCAUUUAUCUGUUCCAGUUUUGACAUAUGGUGCUCAUUGAUGAGGGCAUGCUGAGGACUAGUAAAUGGUCACACCAAGUCACAACUAGUCUUGCAUGUACAGUAGGGCAUCCUGCCUUAAAGGCAGCAUGAAGUCAUAAGAUACUGAGGAAAGAUUUGGAUAUUUCUGUAGAGAAAGCAGAAAUCAUUACUUUGCCUUUAGUCCCAUUUGAGCAAAAAUGUGACAGAGGCAAAUGAAAAACAAUCUGUGUGGUAUAAGAUGAGAAUUCCAACCUCAAAUGCACAUUUAGUCCUUUAUCAGAUUUAAUAAUCAGUAGCUGGAAAUAGUUGCUUUUCCUUUCAUAAGUAUUCCAAACCUGUUUUCAUGUUUUACAGCAAACACUUGUGUGUGAGCACCAAAGGAUGAUCUCAGGAGACAUUUGCAAGCAUUUCAGCACCACAAUCCUGCCCAAGUGUACUAAUAGUAUUUAUGCUAUUCAAGGAGAAUCAUGAUCUUUGUUUCUAAUGUUCCAGAUCACGUUCCUCAAAACAUCAGCAGUUUUCCUUCCUAUUUUACAGUGAGGGAUUGAAGCACUUUUGUACCAAGUUGCCAACAAAUUAGCAUGUUUUUGCCAGUCGUCUCUGGUGUACGCACACUAGCUACAAGGCCAAAGGCCUUCAGAGUAGAAAAAGAGACUAUGUGUACCAAAUCUCCAGUUUUUCCAGUAUUGCAAGAUUUCUGUAUGUACAAUAGUUGCCUUGAAUUGUAUCAUCAGUCAGAAGUGAUGAAGCCUCUUGGAUGAGAGGUGAAAUCGAGUCCAGUUGAUUUUUUUCAGCUUACUAUGACCUGGAUGACUGGGAAUGUGCACAGACAUCUUGAAUUGUAAACCAUUCCAAUCAGUGCAGAUUUUUGUAGGACUUAAUUUUGACAGUUCAGACAAAUUCAGCUGAAUGCAGACAGCCCAAGACUGUUUGCCAUUCACUGACAACCCUGGUCUCAAGAAACCAUGUGGCUGUCCCCGUCAUGGAUACAGAUGGGGAAAAAAGGGGCCAGCAUUAGCCAUGUAUAUAGCACAUUUACAUUGACAGUCCUGCUGUUACGCUGUGAGAGAAACAUAUGCUGCACAUACUUUGUGCCAUCAUGAUAGAUCAGUCAUCUCUGAAAUAAUGAACCACAGACCACCAAAAGACUGGGAAUCAAUCAGCAAUGAGCCAUUAGAUAACAUCUUCACUGUGUGGAUGUUAGUGUUAAGGAACUAUUGUGACAGUAUUGUAUUGUUAGUAUGGAGGAAGGUUUUUCAUAUAGUGUACAGCUAAUGUAUUGUCAUGUGUUAAGUGCAUUAAAUUAUAUUUUCAUAUGUUUCUGGAGUUUUAAAAAAACUAGUAUAAUGUGUAUGAAAAGCCAAAUCCAGAGGUAAUUUGGAGAAACAAAUGGUGAUGUUCUGUUUCUUUAUAAAGCUGCUUCAUGUAAACUUUUGUUACAUUUAAAAUUAAAGUUCUUCUGCUGUUUGCCUAAAGAUUCCUGUGUUGUUAACUGCGUUUUGACACAAUACACACAGUUUCAAACAGACUUUAUUGGUUCAUUUUAGAUACAGGAAAUUCGCCUAACAAAUAUGUCUAUGAAUGAAAUAACUUAGUUCUGCAAAAGAGUAGAAGAAAAGAAAA